AUGGAAACUUCAAGUUCUAGCGGACAGAUAUUAUAUGGACUUGAAGAUCCGUCAGUGCUAUAUCUUCAGAAAAAAUACAUUACAAAUAAACUACUGAAAGAUGGCACAACACAUCUUUUCAAAGUUCGACGGAUGGAAAGUAAGACAUGGGAUGUGGAUAUUCAUGACAAUGUGAGGUAUUGGCUUGACAUAUUUGGUUUCAAAGGCGUGAUGGAUUGUGGAAAGUCGAUGAAGGUCGACAAUGAGCUUAUCACGGCUUUGAUUGAGCGUUGGAGGCCGGAGACGCACACUUUCCAUCUACCGAUUGGAGAGACGACGGUGACCUUAGAAGAUAUGCAAGCCAUUUGGGGCUUCAGAGCGGACGGUCGCGUUUUCACAGGCCGUGACCAUCAUGUCGGAUAUACCGAUUGGCCUAGCAAGUGCCGAGAUUUGUUGGGAUGCUACCAGAUACAAAAACAGAGACAAAGCAAGGCGGUUUGCUGA